AUGGAUUUAUCAACCAGAGUAGCGAAAACAUGUCUGACAUUAUGCGUGUAUGCAAAAAUUUCAGACUAUAGAAAUCUUUGUACGUUUGCAUAGCGAUAAAACAUAUGAUAAUUUUGUUUGUGGAAACACCACGUAAAUGUAUUACUGCAAAGCUUUCGAUCCGUAAGCCCCGGAUCUUCAUCAGUGCUAAUAAUAUGAUUAGCACUAUUAUUAGCACUGAUGAAGAUCCGGGCUUACGGAUCGAAAGCUUUGCAGUAAUAAAUUUACGUGGUGUUUCCACAAACAAAACUAAGGUGAGACCAUUAUUUCUUUGUCAAAUAUAGACAAAUUAAUUCAUUCGAACCACAAUCUUUGAGCCUGACGGUAGCUUAGUGGUUAGAGCCCAAAAUCGUGGAAUUUGAAUGUGUUGUUAUUGUUAUUUGUGUUAUUUUUGGCACCUGUUUGAUUAUAGGUCAUCUCACCAUCUAGUCAACUAAAUCUUUAUUCCAAUAACGUACUUGGUCUUGUCCCUGCUGGUAUCCAGACAUCUGUAGACGUGGAGAGCGAGGGCACAUCAUCCCCUGACCUUAAACAAGAUGAACCGCUUUCAAAGAAAGUAUUUGUCUGCGCUAUUCACGAGGAACCAUGCAAGUACUACUGCCAAGAUUGUGAAAGUCUCAUUUGCAGCGAAUGUGCCAUGCGUUGGGGUGACUGCCACGAACACUACUACCUCCGAGUGAAAGACGCUUGGAAGAAAUACCGCGAAGAAAUGAUGAAGAUAUUACAGGAAGCUAGAUCAAGUGUUUCACACAUACAACAAGAUAUCUUGGAAAACUCGAAAGAACGGGACAGCUUCAAGUUAAAAGUUGAAUCUACGAUCAAGAAAAUCAACAGCUUCUUUGACGAGCAUGUGCAAGCUUUGGGAAAACGGCGUACAAACUUUUUAGAAACAGUGGAAGAGAUUAUGAAAUUCCGAGAGAUUGGAAUAAACCAAGAAAUUGAUAGCCUACAGAAUAACUUAGUUGAAACAAACAGCACUAUCAACAUCGCAGGUCGUGUGUAUGGAACUAGCACUAUGAUGGAAUUCCUACAGGUUUGCAAGCAACUUACAAACCGCCUUCUCGAACUGGGACAUAAAAAGAUCAAGUUGAAUAUUACAGAAAGUAUUGACAUUGAUUUUAUCUCGGAGCCUCACUUGUUUGAAGAAAUUGAGAAAGUUGGUCAACUAAAGAAACACAAAGAUUCUUCCGCUACAACACUGUUUCCACGUGGAAAUGGUGUGAAUGGAACGGGAGGAGAAAUGCCUAAAAGUGAUGAAGGGAUGAGAUCGAACGCUGACGAUCCGAGGAAAGUUGAGGAAAAUGAACAGGACUCGAUGGAUUCUGUAGUCGGAACAUCAACAGAAAAUUUAUCCGAAAGCACGUCAGCCAAAGAUACCAAUGACGCACCAAGAAAACACUUGUUGAAAAACGCAGAACAUUCUGUUCCACCAGGCGGUUUUAUUAAAUCAUCCACCAAGAUUAACGAUCAGACAAUUAUGAAUCAGGGAAGACAUAGUGUGAAGAAUGAGACUGAAGAAUCGGUAAAAAUGAAACCGAUUGAAGAACUUAAAACAGAAAUGAAUUUCGGGCAACAAGCACAUCCUGGAGUAGCGUCUGAAGAGCCAAUUAUUAAACAAGAGACAACCGCCGAGCAGCACUCGAGAUCUACAGCGAGUGGCCAGAAGGAAAUAACUGAUUGUGAAAUCACGGACUGUUCUUGUGGCCUUGCUGAUAAAGUGGACCACCGAAAUGGUUUACCUAGUGAAGGGGAAAGAGUAGCGGCAGCUGAAAUUCCGCUGAAACAAAAACCUGCGGCAGAGCAACAGCAUGCUCGGCGACAUAGCAUGGACGAUGUAUUCGGUAUUCGCAGCAAAAAAGAAGAAAUACAGCGUCGACUCGGAAACAUUGCCAGAUAUCGUCCACCCAAAUCAGUCGCGCAGUUCCUGGACGAAG